AUGGCUCCUUAUGAAGCUUUGUAUGGGCGUAAGUGUCGAACACCCCUCUGUUGGGAUGAAGUUGGUGAAAGAAAGUUGCAAAAUGUAGAACUAAUUGAGGUAACCACAGAAAAAGUGAAGGUAAUUCAAGACAGGCUAAAAGUGGCCCAAGACCGGCAAAAGAGCUAUGCUAACAACAGGAGAAGAGAUUUAGAAUUCCAAAUUGGUGACAGAGUUUUUCUGAAGAUAUCACCUUGGAAGGGAGUAAUUCGGUUCCGUAGCAGGGGAAAGUUAAAUCCUCGCUAUAUUGGGUCAUUCUUGAUACUUGAAAGAAUUGGGCCAGUGGCUUAUAGAUUACAGUUGCCACCAGAGUUAAAGAAGAUCCAUAAUGUUUUUCAUGUUUCAUUGUUGAAGAAGUAUGUACCAGAUCCGUCGCAUGCACUUGAAACACCUCCAGUUGAACUCCGAGAAGAUUUGACUUUUGAAGUGAGACCUGUUCGUAUCCUUGAUCGGCUAGAAAAAGUGCUUCGGGGAAAGGUGGUGCCAGUUGUAAAAGUUCUUUGGAGAAGUGAUCAGAUUGAGGAGUUGACUUGGGAACUCGAGCGGUUCAUGAGAAAGAAAUAUCCUCAUUUAUUCGAGUGA